AUGACGGGAUGGGCACGCGGCGGAGGCACCUCGCCCGUGCCCCGCACGCUCCUGCAUACUCUUCACCACUUUCUCGUCCUGCUUGGCUUGCGUUGCCUUCGCGAUGCCGUGCUUGCUGCUGCUGCAGCUCGCGAUCUCGUGGCGUGGCGAUCCAGUAUGGUGCUCACAAAGAGAGACGUGGCCACUGUGUUCGAUGACGGAAACGUCAGCCUCCAGUUCGCGAAGGGGCUGGCGGGCAGGAGGACGGGCAAGAGCAUCGGGGAGACGACGAUGCCUCGCCAAUCAGACAGGAACCGGAAGUCCUCAAAGGGGACUAUGUCGGAGGCUGAUACGCAAUCCAAUUGUAACAGCAAAUACAUAACCCACGAUUUGGGCUGGAAGUUAACAGCCGUAAAAUGGGGUUUAUCGCUGGCUAUGUGUUUAGUCGUUGGAUGUUAUGGAGCCAUUCUUGCAGCCUUUCCAGUAGAAUCUUUCCAAAACAUCAAAGAAACUAUUUUCCAGAAGAUGGUAGAUACGCCAUUUGGUUCAAAGGGUGGAGGCCUGCUUGUACUUUUCGCUUCACCACUGCUUGUGCUUACACUUUUGGCCAUCAUCAAUCUGGAAGUCUCUUCCAGGAUGGUAACCUUCAACAGGGAGAAAGCGAAAGGAAGAGCAAGCUUACAAAAGCAUCCACUUUUUAUAGGAGGUUGGAUGGGCAUUGUUUCUGCUGCUGAGUUUCUCUGGAUCCUUUUGUUUCUUGUCAUGUUUACUUGGAUCAUGGGAAACUACUUGAUUCGAGAUUCCAGACAUUUUGAUGUGACGUCUUUGAAACCUGUCGAAACAGUGUGGAGUAAGAAGUUGAAGCGUACUGCGUCACAUCUUGGGUUCUUUGGACUCAUAUGUUUAAAUUUUCUAUUCUUACCUGUUUCUCGAGGAUCUGUCCUUCUCCGGGCCUUAGAUAUUCCAUUUGAGCAUGCUGUCAAGUACCAUAUAUGGUUGGGUUACUUCAUGAUGACAUGUUUCACUCUGCACGGUCACUUCUACAUCAUUGCAUGGUAUUCCGAAGAUUCUUUGAGCAAAAUAUUUAAUUGGGCACCUCACAAAGUCGCAAACUUUGCAGGAGUUAUAGCCUUGUUGGCUGGCAUCACAAUGUGGGUUACAUCUAUAAGUUGGGUUCGAAAGAGAUACUUCGAGACUUUUUUUUGGGUUCACCACCUCUAUAUUGUAUUCGUAUUCUUCAUGGCCUUCCAUGUCGGAGGAGUUCUCUUCAACGUGGCAUUUUGUGGAAUAUUUUUAUUUGUCUUCGAUCGUUUUCUACGCUUCUGCCAAUCACGGGGCAAUGUUGGGGUCCUCACAACCAAGUUGCUGGCUUGUGGAAUCUUUGAACUAACAUUAAUCAAGCCCCCAGGUAUAAAACUUCACGCAUUAAAUUACAUUUAUCUCAAUAUUCCGGAAAUCUCCAAAUUAGAGUGGCACCCGUUUAGUGUGUCCUCUAGCCCAUACGAUGGUGACAACUGGCUGAAGGUGUUGAUAAAACCUUCGUACGGAGGUUGGACACAUCGAUUACAAGGACUUGUCUCAGAUGUUGUGAAACGGGGGCGGUGCCCUUCAAAUAUCAGCGCUGCUGUUGAAGGUCCUUAUGGUCACGAGUCUGAUUUCUUUCUCCAGUAUGAGACGCUUGUACUGGUUGCGGGAGGAAUUGGCAUUUCUCCUUUUGUGGCUGUUUUGCGUGACUUGCUUCAGCGAUAUCAGCGGCAGCAAUCCAAUCUUCCAUCGAAUGUACACCUUAUUUGGGCAGUACAAAAAUCAGAGGAGCUUCAACUCCUUGAUUUAAUACCCGCAUCUGCAAUCUGUCCCGAUUACCGACUGAAAUUCAACCUUCAAAUUCAUGCCUUCGUGACACGCGAGAGUUCUCCUAUUAGUUUAGAAUGUAAACCUGAAGCACCUGCUUCGCAUCUGGUAGACCAAUUCAAGAAGUCUCGUAUUUUAGCAAGUGUCAGCAAUGCAGAAGCUUUUAACAAACCUAUGUCAAUGGUAGCGGGCACUGGGAGUAAUCUCUGGAUUACUUCAUGUUUUCUUGCUUCAUUACUAGGGUACAUUGUUGUUUACUUCUCGAUUUAUUACUUUGUAGUGCAGCCAUUUGAACAAGAGUCCGCUGGAGAUGGGAAGCCUCGUGAAGGUUUACCCCGGUGGGUCAAGGGUCUGUUCAAUGUCAUCAGCCUGAUAUUGGGGGUAGCGAUAUUUGGAGGAUUUGUAGCAUCAUUGUGGAAUUACUUGGGUAGGCUGCAUCAGGGUCUUUCAGAAAUUGGCGACGAGAACUCUCGGCUUUUAUCUAUAUCAAAUACCGAAGACACAGUCUACGCGAAUGAGAGUGCAGACUGCCUGGUGCACCCAUCAAACACUCAUUUUGGACAAAGGCCUAACUUAAGAGAAAUUUUUGAUGGUUGUGCAAAGUCGCAACAACCUGGUGCAAACAUUGGAGUCUUAGUUUGCGGUCCUGAAAGUCUCCAGAUCAGUGUCGCUGAAACAUGCAGAGCUUUCAACAAUAUUGACUACGAUUUGCACAAAGUGGCCUUCAGCUACCAUUCUCUUAGCUUUGAUCUGUAAGUUCCCCUUUGUAUGUAUAUGCUGAACACACAUUUUUACAGUAGGCUCAGAAGUUCACAUGUCUUCACCAGACGUGGUCGCCACAAUUGACACUUCAAUUUUUCUUCCACCCUUAGAAAGUAUGAAGCUGACUGUGAUUUGGAGAAUUAGGUGAAUGACCUAUCUAGGUGUAAGAUGUGAAGCUUAGGUUUUGUAUGAUCUGUUGCUGAAGAAUAAUGUAAAUGCAAGCUGUUGAUUGGAUCAGA